CUAAAUCCCUUAAGCUUGAGUCUUGAGUCCUCAUCAUUCCUCCCACCACAGCACUCACGCCAUGCUCCUUCCUCCCACACAAAAAGUAACGGAAAUGGGCAGCAUUUCUCUCUCACCUCCAUAACGCCGCCUCCACUUCUCAAUGCGCUCCUCCGCCUAGACGACAUACACUUUCCUUUCAGAGACAAAGCAACGGAAAUGGAGAACAUUUCUCUGUCACUCCCAAAGAGGAGCUUCUCUUCCAACACUGUCUUCACAUCUCACAAGUCCAUUUACAAUGAUGUUUUUGGUGGCCCUCCAAAGUUGGGGCUGCCCAAUCUGGCCCCGCGCUUUGAGGAUUACUCAGAGAUUUUUGGCGGCUUUCACACCUCCCAAUCUUCAUCCAUCCCCGUGCUCCAUCUCCCACUCCUUGCCAGUGAGGACUCCAGCCUCCACUCUGAUGUUGACUACAAUGAGGUUUUUGGGGGAUGUGAAGGUUUCGACUGUACAGCAUCACUUGAAGAUUUAGUUGGCCACUCCAGUGGCAGAUACGACUCAGACUCCUCUGAUGACCCCUGGAGUCCAGUACAAAGUGGGUCUCUGUCGGAUGAAUUAGAUCCGCUGGCUGGAUCUGAUAAGAGUCAGAGGUUAUCAGAUGGGGAUUUUCGGCAGUCAUCAGAAAGCGUUAACAAGCAAAUUGCAUCUUAUAAUAAAUCUUGUCACAUAAGUGCUGAAACAGUGUUAACCACAGCCAGUCAUGUAACUAAUUUUAGUGCUGUUCCGGGAUAUACUUUCUCCCUUUAUGAAAGUCCUCUUUCCUGGGAUGGGGAUGAUGAAGAUUGCUCUGAGGGCGUGAUCAAUAACACCAACCACAGUAGAGAAUAUGGUGCAAGAGUUACUGGAGAAAAACAAUGCAAGUGUUCGUCAAACUCCUCAAUCAGUGGCUCCGAUACACAGAGAAAUGAUUCUAAACUUUCGGAGAUACAUGGGAGUUCUACUUCCCAAAUUAAACCAUUUGUUACAGUAUGUGAUAUCAGUCUUCGAACUAAGCCUUCACAAUUACCACCCCCUUCAAGACCUCCACCUGUCUUGGUUGUCAAAAAAAGUGAGCAUGACAAACAAAAUGCAGAACUAAAGCCUUGUCAGCGUUAUACCUCUGACGGAGUGGCUGAUGACAUUGCCCCACCUUUCUUUGAUAUGGAAAUAAACGCUACCAUAUCUACUGAGCACAAUGAAAGUGAAAAUAGGAAUGUUAAAGUGAACCUUCAAGGCAACAAAGAACUGACUGAGAGAAGGUAUUUCUGCGGCCAUAGUGCUGCAGAAGUGGAGGAGAAAACAAAUGAGUUUGUCAGGGCCUCCAUGGACAUUGAAGAUGAGAACCUUCACUCAAGUGGGCAUAAAACCACAGCCUCGGUGCCUGUUGUUGGAGGAAGGAUGGAAUCAGUAGAGAGCAUUGAAGAGAUAUCAGGGCCUCAUGGAGUCCAAUGCUCAAACAGCAGUGCUGAUAAUUCUGCUAAGGAUGUUGUUUGGAGGGAAGCAACUGGAUAUUUUGAGUUGCAGGCAGAAGCGAAGGGAAAUGAGAAUGAAGUGGAAGCUAAAUUAAAGAGCAAGGAUUCUCCUAAAAGAACGGAUACUGAGAAAAGGUCUGUUGAUUAUCAAAAAACAAAACAGGCUAGUCAUAAGCAUGGACAAAAUAUUCUCGUGGAAGACUUUCAGAGAUAUUUUGAAGAUGUCAAGGGCACAGAAAUGAAAGAAAUAAUACAAGAGAGAACGGAAGCUAAAGGAACUGAAAUACAACUCAGUGGGAUUUCAGUAAAACAAUCUGAAAACAGACUGGAAGUAAAUUAUGAGCUGAAAGAGAAUGGUUUAAUGCUUGGAGAUUCAAAGAAGCAUGGAGAGAGUGGUGACAAGUCGUAUAUAGCUGCUGGCCAUAGUAAUAGUGCAGAUAGACGGCUUGACUGUGAGAAAGAUUUGGAAGCAGGUAAGCCGAUGGUGAAUGAGUCAGCAUCUAGAAAGGCUCUUGACCAAGCCAGAUACGACAAAGAUCACAUAUUGAUUCGUGAGUUGGAUGUAAAUAAAGAGAGAAAUCAAGAUGUGUCCAACAAGGACAAUAUAUUUUUGAGGUUCAGAAUGGCUGAGACAGAAGCAGGUAGUGAGGAAGAUGCCUUUGAAACAACAGGAAAUAUGAAAUUGAGUACAGAUACUAGUUUACGUGAAGACAUGAGUGAGUAUGCUGAAGAAAUUGAGCCAAUUGAGACGAAUGAACAUGAUGAAAGUGAAGUAGAAUGGGAUCUCGAUAGUCAUAUCCUGAUAGAUGGGGAUAAAUUGAAAGUAUCAGAGGGAGGAUAUAAAGUUGAUGAAGUGACUUCAACUAAAGACUUGGGGAAGCAUGAUGAUAUUCAAAUGCUGAAAUCCUCUCAAAGAGCAUUUUCACCUGAAGAAAACCGAGACCUGAAAAAUAAACCUAAGAGUAGUACAUAUAAAACUGAGACGAUAAGUGAGAUACGGGUUCUAGGUGGAUUUCAUGAAUUCAGCAAGAAUAAAGAUGACUCACUAGAGAAAAACAGUAGCAGUGCAGCUCACAACACUAUCAAGUCUCCUUGUGUACCCAAGGAGAUGUUAGAUUCAAAGACUUGUGGCUCUGGCAUGGGGGUUUCACGUGUUACAUCAGGUAAAAUAUCCUCAGCAUUGGGACACUGUCAUGGUGACGGCCAAAAGAUGAAUAGUGCUCAGUUUACUGUUAAAAGGGUGGAUAUCAAUGAUAACUGCGAUCCACAUAAAGUGAUAACAGAGUCUACUGUUAGUGGAGGGAAGAUGGAAGAUAUCCCAUCAUUCUUGAAACAGUAUAGUGAUGGACUAGCAUCCAAGAAAGAUGCUACAAGCCUACCAAUUGAAGUGAAAAACCCAAAUAUGAAAGGCCAGUUUGCUGGAAAAGACCAAAAAGUAGGGGAAAGAAUGAGAAAGGAAACUGCGCCUGAAAAUGAACGUUUAAGAAAACUAGAGGAAGAAAGAGAGCGGGAAAGGGAAAGAGAAAAGGACAGGAUGGCAGUUGAUAAGGCAGCCCUUGAAGCCCGUGAAAGAUCAUAUUUUGAAGCUCGCGAGAGAGCUGCAGUUGAGAGAGCCACUAUUGAAGUAAGACAAAGAGCUCUGGCUGAGGCUCAAGAAAGACUGGAGAAGGCAUCAGCAGAUGCAAGACUUAGGACUGAUCGGGCUGCUGUAGAGAGAGCAAAUGCAGAGGCUCGACAGCGAGCUGCUGAAAAGUUAAUGGCUCAAAAGGCUGCACAUGACCUCUUUCAUCCAGUAGAAAAAUCUGUACCUGAUAGGUUUUCAGCUUCUUCUAGAUUUACUGAUACAAGACAGAGCUUUUUGUCAUCUGACAUUUACUUCCAAGGUACUGGAGUCUCAAACCGUUUGCGAUAUUCAUAUUCUUCAACUCAUGAUGGGGCUGAAAGUGAAUCACCUCAGAGGUCUAAAGCUCGGUUAGAAAGAUAUAGAAGAACUGCUGAGCGUGCGGCAAAUGCCUUGGCAGAGAAAAAUAGGCGAGACUUUCUAGCACAAAAAGAAAGAGAAGAGAGGAAUAGAGUUGCAGAAGCUCUGGAUGCUGAAGUCAAGAGAUGGUCUAGUGGAAAACAGGGAAACCUUCGGGCCCUGCUCUCUACUUUACAAUAUAUCCUUGGGCCUGAUAGUGGUUGGCAUCCAGUUUCAUUAACAGAAGUGAUAACUUCUGCGGCUGUUAAAAGAGCUUACAGGAGGGCCACUCUCUGUGUUCACCCUGAUAAAUUACAGCAACGUGGUGCAACAAUCCAGCAAAAGUACAUAUGUGAGAAGGUUUUUGAUCUACUAAAGGAAGCUUGGAACAAGUUCAAUUCAGAGGAGCGGUGAGUUGAGGCGCCCCGUCUGCUCAGUGUAUAGUUCAUGCCGGAAAUUUGAUUUUCGGCAAGCAAAUCCUUAGCAUGAAAAUUAGAAAGAGGUAGAUACGUAGUUGAAUAGUCCUAAAUAACCAAGCAACAAAGAAACAAAUGGAGUUGGACGUCGGCCCCUCCUUCUUUGCAUAUAUUUAAUCUGUGGGAGUGUUCAAGACCGCCUUCUUUUUUGUCUUUUCUUUUUUCAUACAUAUAAUUCUUUUUUUUUUUUUUUUCUGUUAAAAUUUUGGGUUGCAUACUUGUAGUAGUGCGGUAUUGUGUAUGAUAUAGAAGCAAUUCCAUUGUUUCUGUAACUGUAAA